AUGUCCUACCCAAUGACCCAGCUAGGCGGCAGCGCAUUCAACCACGAGCCCCCAUCCAGCUCCACGGAAGCAGAAUACGACCGCCUGCGCGACCUCGCCCGCCAAGAAGCUGGCAAGCGCUCUUCAUGUCUCGCCAAGUCCCACCAAGCCUUCGAACGCCACGAUGGCGGCGCCGCGCACGCGCUCUCGGAAGAGGGCAAGCGACACGGCGCCAUGAUGGACCAGUACAACAAGCAGGCGUCGGAUUAUAUUUUCCGCGAGAACAACGCCGUGGGCAGGGUGGAUGGGGAUACGAUUGAUCUGCACGGGCAGUUUGUCGAGGAGGCGGAGCAGAUACUCGAGCAGCGGAUUCGGUAUGCGCGGAGUACGGGGCAGGAUCAUUUGCAUGUCAUCGUGGGCAAGGGCAACCACUCCCCAGGCCACAUCCAGAAAAUCAAACCAAAAGUCGAGGAGAUAUGCCAAGAGCUCGGGCUGCAGUACGCGACGGAGGAGAAUGCUGGCAGGAUUUACGUUAAUCUGCAGGGAGGACCCGCGGUCAUGCCGGAGCAUUUGAAGGCGCAUCAUGGCGGCGGGUAUCAUCAGGGGUAUGGGGGGCCGGGGUAUGGACAGCAGCAGCAGCAGGGUUAUCAGGGGGGGAAUACGUAUCCGCAGAUGAACUAUCAGCAGGGUGGUGGGAGCCAGCAGUAUCAGGGUGGAGGAGGGGGAGGUGGUGGUGGACAGCAGCAGCAGGAUCCGAACGCGGAGAUCGAGGCUGAGGUGAAGAAGUAUUUGCCGCAGGUGCUGAGGAUGUGUCAGAAGCAGUGUUGUACUGUCAUGUAG